CCGAAUAAUCUGAAAAAAUCCUUCUUGCAACAUGCUGGCUUGCACCAAUGUCAUCUCCUGCAACUCCUCUUCUCUUCCAAUCAAGAGCCCAAAACCCAUAGUUUCAAUCCAAACCCAGAACCCUAAACCCAAGUUUAGAUUUUUACGUUCACUUCCCCAAACAACUUCAAAAUCUAUGGUUUUUCUUAAAUCCCCAAUUAUGAGAUUUCAAAGAAGUUCCUGUCAAAUAUGUCGCAGCACCUUAAACACUCAGAAUUCAGACAAAGACCCAGUUUUGGAGGGUGAAGCAGAUGAAAAAGAGGGAAGGGACUGGACAACAUCAAUCUUGCUGUUUGUGCUGUGGGGUUCAGUCUUGUAUUAUGUCUUCAAUCUUGCUCCUAAUCAGACUCCGUCAAUAGACUUGUAUUUCUUGAAAAAGCUCCUUUAUUUGAAUGGAGACGAUGGCUUUAGGAUGAACCAAGUACUUGUGUCUCUAUGGUACAUUAUGGGUUUGUGGCCUUUGGUGUACAGCAUGCUUCUAGUUCCAACCGGCAGAAGUUCCCAAAGUAAAAUUGCUGUUUGGCCAUUCCUGAUACUUUCAUUCUUUGGAGGUGCAUAUGCUCUUCUACCCUAUUUUGUCCUCUGGAGACCACCUCCCCCAUGUGUUGAAGAUAGGGAGCUCAAGCAAUGGCCCCUGAAUUUUCUGGACUCAAAAUUAAUGGCUGGGAUAUCACUUGCUGCAGGAGUCGGUCUUUUCCUUUAUGCUGGUUUAGCGACCGGUGACUGGAAUGAAUUCUACCUGUACUUAAAGUCCAGCAGAUUCAUACAUAUCAUGAGCCUUGAUUUUACCCUAUUAUCAGCAUUUGCUCCGUUCUGGGUUUACAAUGAUAUGACUGCUCGAAAAUGGGACGAUAAAGGCACUUGGGUCCUUCCCCUGUCACUGGUGCCAUUCUUGGGUCCGGCUUUAUAUCUUGUUUUGCGACCAUCACUAUCAGAGAGGCCUGAUUCACUCCGCCCUCUUUCGUCCAAACAGGACUAAUAUACGAGUUCGAUGAUAAGACAAUUUUUCACCAUGAAAAUUGAUGGAGACAUUAUCAAUCGUCGCAGAAUUGUAAUUGCUGGCACAUGCUGAGAAGUUUAUGCUGCUCAACAUUCUGUUAGAUUUACUUACCCAAGUGAUUAGCCAUGUAUGCAGCUGAAACUGUUCUUUCAACACUUUCCGCCAGUUUCCUUUUCUGUAUAAAAUUGCACUCUCUUAUAGGAUUUCCCCCUGUUUGGGUGGGCUGCACCAAAAAAAAAGAGGUUUUAGUUUUAAAUCAGCUCAUGCUUUGUUGAUCAAUGAAGAAUCCUAUCUUCAUGAAAUCUGAUUGGGAGACUUUGUGGAA